GCUAAACAACAUAAAUUCAAUGAGGAUUUUAUUAUUUUACACAUAAUUACUUUUAUUGUAUUAUCCUGUAUUUUGUUCUUCACUAAGAGGUUGCGUAAUCAAAGAAAAUGCAGAAAGUCUCAGCAUUAUGCAUAUCCGUUUGCAUAGUUGGUCUUUUGACAACAACAAUAUGUGAAGAUGCGGAUCUAUUCGAUAAACGUGCAACUCUAUCCUAUUUUAAACGGGAUGGUGAACUAACAGAUUCAUCUUCAGAACCCUCUUCGUCAUCUAAACGCGCAUCAUUAUCCUAUUUUAAGCGUGGUCAAAAUGAAUAUUGGCAAACAAGUCCUCAUCAUUUGAGAAGAAUUGCAGAAAUUUGCCCAUGUUUACGUAAAGACUACUUGGAAUGGUUAGAAGGAAAUUCAUUAUCCCAUCACCACAGUUCUUAUGAUGAUUCGUCUGCAUCUGAGAAACGAGCCAGUUUGGCUUAUUUCAAAAGAAAGAUGCAACCUCUAGACUGAUGACAAAGUAAUCAAGCGUAAAUCCAAUGAAGUCAAAGAGAAUAGAAAAGUAAUCAAAGGAAGUUAAUAAAAAUUCUUAACAAUUCUAAACAUUUUCACAUUAAUUCUGUGGAUGUAAACAGAGUUGUUUUAAUUUAUUCCACAUUAAUAAUUUAUUGUGCUAAAAGAAAUGAGUACUUUUAAAUUUGAUUGCUGCUUCUGUUACUUAUUCAUGUAUCAUUCAUGUAUAAAAUGUCUAUUAUAAUGAAAUAUCUUUAGUGAGAGAAGAUAUUUCUUCACAUCA